AUGGUGCAGAAAUCCCGCAACGGAGGCGUGUACCCGGGGGCGACCGGAGAGAAGAAGCUGAAAGUGGGGUUCGUUGGGCUGGAUCCGGGCGCCCCGGAUUCCAACCGGGAUGGGGCGCUGCUGAUCGCCGGCUCGGAGAGCACCAAGCGGGGCAGCAUCCUGAGCAAGCCCCGCUCCGGGAUCUCCGGGACGGGGAAGCCCCCCAAAAGGAAUGCCUUCUACCGCAAGCUGCAGAAUUUCCUCUACAACGUGCUGGAGAGACCCCGCGGCUGGGCGUUCAUCUACCACGCCUACGUUUUUCUCCUAGUUUUCUCCUGCCUGGUACUAUCUGUCUUUUCAACCAUCGAUGAAUAUCAGGACAGCUCUGAAGGGGCCCUCUACAUACUGGAAAUAGUCACCAUUGUGGUGUUUGGUGUGGAAUACUUUGUGAGAAUCUGGGCUGCCGGUUGCUGCUGUCGAUACCGGGGCUGGAGGGGAAGGUUAAAAUUUGCCCGCAAACCCUUCUGCGUCAUUGACAUCAUGGUGCUGAUUGCCUCCAUCGCCGUUCUGGCAGCAGGCUCCCAAGGGAAUGUCUUUGCCACCUCGGCUCUCAGGAGUUUGCGGUUCCUGCAGAUAUUGCGCAUGAUACGAAUGGACCGUAGAGGCGGCACCUGGAAGCUGCUGGGGUCUGUGGUCUAUGCCCACAGCAAGGAGCUGAUUACUGCCUGGUAUAUUGGCUUCCUGUGCCUCAUUCUGGCCUCUUUCCUGGUGUACUUGGCCGAGAAAGGAGAAAACGAGCACUUUGAUACGUACGCAGAUGCGCUCUGGUGGGGCCUGAUUACACUCACCACCAUUGGCUAUGGGGACAAGUAUCCACAGACCUGGAAUGGGCGUCUCCUGGCUGCAACUUUCACCCUCAUCGGGGUCUCCUUUUUUGCCCUCCCUGCUGGCAUUUUAGGUUCUGGCUUUGCCCUGAAGGUUCAAGAACAGCAUCGGCAAAAGCACUUUGAGAAGAGGCGAAACCCUGCAGCGGGCCUGAUUCAGGCUGCUUGGAGGUUCUAUGCCACCAACCUCUCUCGAACUGACCUGCACUCUACCUGGCAGUACUAUGAACGGACAGUCACCGUUCCCAUGUACAGCUCGCAAACGCAAACCUAUGGUGCCUCCAGACUCAUCCCGCCUCUGAACCAGUUGGAACUCCUCAGGAACCUGAAGAGCAAAUCGGGACUGACUUUCAGGAAAGAGCAGCAGCCUGAGCCAUCACCCAGUCAGAAGGUCAGCCUGAAAGACCGUGUCUUCUCCAGUCCCCGAGGUUCUGGAACUAAAGGGAAAAGCUCUCCACAGGCUCAGAGCCUCCGGAGAUCCCCCAGCGCUGAUCAGAGCAUUGACGAUAGCCCAAGCAAAGUGCCCAAAAGCUGGAGCUUUGGAGACCGGAGCCGAGCCCGGCAAGCGUUCCGGAUCAAGGGAGCUGCGUCUCGACAGAACUCUGAAGAAGCAAGCCUCCCUGGAGAAGACAUUCCCGAUGAUAACAAAAGCUGCAACUGCGAGUUUGUGACGGAAGAUUUAACGCCAGGACUUAAAGUCGGCAUCAGGGCAGUGUGCAUCAUGAAAUUUCUUGUUUCCAAACGGAAGUUCAAGGAGAGCCUUCGGCCUUACGAUGUGAUGGAUGUCAUCGAGCAGUAUUCAGCCGGUCACUUGGACAUGCUCUCCCGGAUUAAAAAUCUCCAGUCCAGGAUAGAUAUGAUUGUGGGUCCCCCGCCCCCUUCAACUCCCCGGCAUAAGAAGUAUCCAACCAAAGGACCCAUGCUCUCUUCCAAAGAGUCACCCCAAUACUCGCCUAGAGUGGACCAGAUUGUUGGACGAGGGACAUCAAUGACCGACAAGGAUCGAACCAAAGGGUCAGCAGAGGGGGAGCUUCCAGAAGACCCAAGCAUGAUGGGCAGGCUUGGAAAAGUUGAAAAGCAGGUUCUGUCCAUGGAGAAGAAGCUGGACUUUCUGGUGAACAUUUACAUGCAGCGGAUGGGUAUCGCACCAACGGAAGCAGAAGCCUAUUUUGGGUCCAAAGAACCAGACCCGGCGCCACCCUACCACAGUCCAGAAGACAGCCGGGAGCACAUGGACAAAAAUGGCUGCAUCAUCAAGAUCAUCAGGUCCACCAGUUCAAUGGGACAAAAGAAUUUCUCUGCACCACCAGCCCCAACAAUGCCAACCAACACAUGUCCCCCUUCAACGUCCUGGCAGCACCAGCCAUACCAGCGGCAUAGCCAUGGAUCCUCCCCAGUUGGAGAUCCUGGCUCUUUGGUAAGAAUCCCGCCCCCACCGUCACAUGAGCGCUCCUUGUCCGCUUACAGUAGCGGGAACAGGGCCAGUGCCGAGUACCUGAGGAACGAAGACAUUACAGCUAAACACCAUGAUAGCGCCUUGAGAGACAGUGACACGUCCAUUUCCAUCCCGUCGGUGGAUCACGAGGAACUGGAACGCUCCUUUAGUGGAUUUAGCAUUUCCCAGUCCAAAGAAAAUGUGGACGUCCUUAACAACGGUUGCUAUGCAGCAGUGGCCCCCUGUGCCAAAAUCAGACCCUACAUUGCAGAAGGAGAGUCAGACACUGAUUCUGACCUCUGCACACCUUGUGGCCCACCUCCCAGAUCAGCCACAGGUGAAGGACCUUUCAGUGACAUGGGCUGGUCAGCCCCUAGACAGUGAAGCAUCUUGACAUCUAUUGAGCCAAGUCAGAGCACUGGCCAACCACCCACUCGUGCCGUCCCCACGUCGAACUUCUGGAGAAGAUCUACAGCUAAGGUUUUAUGAAUCCAGAACGUACUUAGCUUGUGGAUAGUUUCUUACAGCUUACUCUGGGGACAGACACCGAGCCAGCAUUCAGUAGAAAGAGGCCAUUGUGGUGAAUAAUUCAGAGCCUUGAAGUGUCUGGAUUUCUUUCAUACUAUCUUUCUAAGAGAAUUAGGUGAAACGAUGUCACAGUACAGGGUAGGCAACCACAUUUCUUGGUAAUCCUUUAGGGUACAGGGCACAAAUAUCACCUGCAAGGUGGGUUUGUUUUUUGUGGGGGGAGGGAGUGGGUUAACUGGUGACUGAACAUAUCUUUUACAUGCUAAUUACCAUACCAUGACACUGGGUGAUUACACAGUCAAAUACUUUGGCGUUGCACCACAAAUACAUGAUUAUUUCUGCCUUGUAAAACAUUCCAGGUUACACAAUGAUUACUUUUGAAUUUAUGGAAUGUGAUCCUCCAUUAGCCGUUCGGGAAUGUAGUGUAAUUACUGUAUAAUACAUGGAAGCCCAGUUGGCUCUUGACAAAUUGGGGUGUUUACAUUCACGUUACGGUAUUGCCCUAAGAAGACAUAUGUUGUCAGGAUGAGUCGAGGUAGAAUGUUAGCAGAAACCAUUUGGAACCAGAAUGAUUUUCAAAUUAAAUUUGUCACAGGGCUUAGGUGGAGGAGGAAGGUCAAAGACACAAAAUGUGUCUUUGAAGGCAAAGAGGAACACCACGCAGGGCGGGGGAUAAGGCAUUUUACAUUUAAACCAUGUAUUAUAUUUAAUAGUGUACCCGCCAAGCUGUACAGAACGGGAAGCCAUAAUUCCACCUACGGGGUUGUAGUAACUUGAGGUUGCUCUCGUAAUUUUUGAUAUUGCCAGCAGCACUGUGGUGAACUUACAGCCACAAGAGACACCGCUACAGGGAGAGGGAUGUUACUUCAGAUCACGGCAAGGAACGAGAGCAUUAGCAGCAGCUGGGCCCCGUAACUCAAAAUAUUGACCAUUUUGUACACCGUUCGCAUUAUGCCUGGAUGCUUUUGGAUGCACCAGACUCCCAGCAAAGUUCCUUCCUCCUUUCCUCCACUACCCCAUCCAGGAUGACAAAGCUAUGACUUCUCCAUUGUUUUGUUUAGAUCCUUCAUGCUGAGUCCUGAGGUGCUUCCUUGUUUCCUCCUGGUUUUUUUUAAUACAGCUGUGAUCUGUAUUUAUCCACAAAUGUGGGUGGCGGAAGUCUUUCUAUUUUUCCUCUUUCUCUCCCUCUUGGAAAGCCAGGUAAAGAUCAUGGCAUCGUUACUGGCGCAUGAAGCUGGGGGAAAACCGAUGAUGCAGAAGGUUUCUUUCAGGACCAAAACAAAGUCACAAAGUGGUCCUUUCCUGUCACAGAGCUGCAGGGGUCGCUCAAGGGGAUGGGUCAUAGGAAAUCUGCUGGUGCAUUAUGGGAUCCACAGCCAGGGCUGCUACACAACAGCCAUUGCCAUAUCCACCAAAUCCACCCAUUUAACUAGAGCCCUACACCUUGCGUGUUUUCUGAAGCUAUUUGUGUCCCUCUCUCCUCCACCCUUUCCCCUCCACCAAUGUCAAUGGCCAGUUUUCAUGAUAUUUCAAAUAUAUGGCAUGCCCCCAUUUCCCUUAGGCCUCGCUGCACCCAAUACAGGUACAAUCCCUCCAUUUUGUAAGGUUGACCUGCUGGUGGUGAAAGGAGAAACCUGGUGUGUUCGUUCCUUCUGGUCAUUAGGAGAAGCAGCCUGAGAAGCAAAGGAGGGAAAAGACAAAUUUAGGCAUAACACACUAUAUUUCAGUGGUAUCAGUGUGUGUGUGGGGAGGGGGCGUUUGCACACAAUCUGGCAGCCAUAAAACACCACCUAGAGGGAAACAUACAGCUCUUGUCCAGGAACUCAAUGUGAUUCCACGAGAGUCUCUAUAAUGUGAAAUCUUUCAAAUGAGAUUUGAGGACUUCAGUAGCUCAGUCAGAGGUUACCUAUUGCAGAAGUGGGUGGGGGAGGUUUUUAUGGCCUGCAGUGUGAAGGAGGUCAGACAAGACGAUCAUGAUGGUCUUUUCUGGCCUUAAAGUCUAUGAGUCUGUGAGAUUCACCCACCAGGGCAGGAAAUCCCCUACUGAACAGGUGGGUCUUUACGGCUUCUGGAGGGAAAAUAAAAUAAUUCUUGUAUACAUCUAAUCAGGGGCAACAUGCAGCACUUGCCUGGGUGUGGUGGGGGAAAAUGAUGUAUAAUCUUCAGAUCCAGUUAGCCUCAGUAUAUGAGUGAGAGGGAGAUUACCUCCUCUUUCUAGGGGGUCCUGUGCAUCUAUGUCUCCAAGGAUAGAGAGGAGGGACCUUUACAGGUCCAGAGCUUCCUCCUCAUUCCUGCCAUAUUCUGCAAUUCUUUCUUCCCCACUCAAGCUGCCUGGAGCCUUCGUUUGCCUCUAGAAUUCUGAAUUCUGAGUAGCUCCUGUGAUGUAUCUAACUAAAAGUAAUUAUUGUAUGAUACACCUGACCUCUAUAAGAGUGUUCGCUUUGAAUUUGGAACUAUCAUACAUUAAAAUCCAUAUUUAUAAAGGGCAGCUUAUUCCCACGCUCUCUCUAAACUCACCCGGCCUGACUUUCAUUGGAAAAUUGCUGCAAAUGAAUGUGUAAAUCUGGCUUUUGCACAUGCAGCUGUAUUUAAGCAUGUGCAAAAAAGGGUGUAUAUAGGUGAGCACAAAAAUAUUGGCAAACUCCAAUGGGGUCCUCAGAGAUGCAUUUGCUAAUGGACCACUAGAAAUGCACCCGUGAUAUUUGCAGGUGAUUCCGUUUACUUAUGCAAAAAAAAUGCAUGUGCAUAGCUGACUGCUCAGCUGUAAACAAUUACCCAAUUUGAGGCACACAUGUGCUUUUGCACAUGCACGUAAACCUAGGGUAUGUCUACACAGCAAAGAAAAACUCGCAGCGCAGUUUCAGUGGAUUUCCUCCAUGUUUACAAUGUUGUAACUCAGAACAGAAUUUGGACCUAAUUGAUGGUUUUUUGCUCAUCCACUUACAUAGUUUUUCUCAUUGCAAAUUGCAGUCUAAUCCUCCCCAUGACUCUUCACAUGAUCCUUCUGUCUCCAUUCCUUUCCCCACUCCCAUUGCAUAUGCAGUUGCUGGAGAGUCAGUAAUGCAGCAUUUUCUCAGUUUGAUGGUUGAGAAACAUUAAUUUUUUGGAGAGAAGGUUUGAUUUUUGGCUCAUAAAUGUCCUUCAAUGAGAAAUGCAAAGUAAACCUUCUCCCCUGUGCCUCGCUGUUGUUUAGCCUGUGUGUAGCAUCUGUUGCACCUCUGUGUUUCUAGCUAUAUAAUCUCUGUACACUCAAACACAGAAACUAGCUUUAGGAUAUGCUAACUUGUGAACAAACCCAAGAAAAGCUAGGAAAUUCAAAGUUAAUGACACUGUUCCAGAUAAGCUGUGAGCCAAAUUUUCAAUGGGCCUUCUUACCUGCACUUGUGGUAUUUGCAACCAUAUCUGUUUGGGCAUACAGCAGCUGUGUGUGUGUCCACAUGCAUGCAUAAGAAAAAGAAAUGUCCUUAAAACAAAACCCAGAAUUUGAAUCCCAGGAAACUUUGGAAGUUUUCAAAAUCUGGUCCCAGAUCUUGUUUUGAAUGUUGCAAAUGUCCCCCAUCUUUGUAAUGGGCCAGCUCAAAAACUGGGUAUGAAACCAUACUGAAUUUGAGGGUGUUCAAAGUCCAUGUUGGAAUGCAAAUUUUGCAGUUUGUGCACAUCUGACAAAGAACUGAGGUUGCAGACAUCACAAACUCAGUCCAGAGAAGGCCUUUGGAGACUAUGGCGCUGAGAUGGAAGAGUGGAGCACCAGCCCAAAGUUGAAUUUCCCAAUAAUUGGGAAAGGACUUUAACGUUAUUUAAAUGUUGAUUUUGUAUGUGAAUUUCCUUGCUGGCUUAUUUUCUUAACAUUAAUUUCUAAACAAACAAAAAAUGUCAAGGAAAUUAAUGAAAAAUAUAUUGUUUAACCCAGAGAGCCAUUGCAGGUACUUAGGCAAAUCAUGUAAUGAAUCAGGUACAUAAAAAAUAUUUUUAAAGCAGCUUCAUGGAUUCAGGUAUCUUCAGCAGGGUCAUUUCUAUUUGCAGGGUAAAUAGGGAUAUUUAUACAUUUUAAAAAAAUGAUUUUUACCCUACCAGUCAAUUAGAAACAAAAAAAAUACAUCAAAAUAUUUAAAUAGCAUUAAAAUUUCUAGCAUAAUUGGAACAAAUGGGGAAAUCUAAAGUCAGGGCUGAAACAUCAGCUUUACAUCCUGCUGGAAUGACUCGGUGGCAGCAAGACUCUUGUCUACAGCAAGAAUUUGCUCUGAUUUUAGCCAUGCUUCAAGCAAAGGGAAGCCGUGCCAGUGCAAAUCAUGGCUCUUCAUGUCUACACUUCAGGUUCAGUGGCUGGGAUCAGGGUAAAUUCCCAGUGCAGUCAAGACUGGUGAGCCAUAAUCUGCCCUGAGAUGUAUACCUAGCAAAGUCAGUGACAAAUAGACACACACUUCGAAGAUAGAAUUUGGCCCUACGAUUUUGAAUGACUUGGCUUUCAGUUUGGUCAGAAACCUAAUGUCGUUUAAACAAAGCUUUUAACUUGAGCAUGUUGUGUUUAGUCGGAAAUUUGAUGGAAAAAGGUCAACAGAAUUUCUUAAGAGUCAUACUACUUAAACUAUUUAAAUAUGCUAAUUAAAAUGUAAGAAGUGUAAUAUUUACCCAAGAGAGAAGAGAGUUGCUCCACAUCUUUCUUACAUCCCUGAAUGAAGAUUUUUGAAUUAUUUGUGAUGUUUACACUCCCUACUCCAUGAUCCCUGUGUUUUCAGCUGUCCAAACAGCAUUAGUGCUCUUCCUGAACCAAGCAGAGAUGGUGCUUUUCAGAAAUAUCAGCUAUUUCCAACACCCCACAAAGAGGUUGAGAGCCCUACCCUGCAGAGAUACUGUUGUCCCAGAGAAGACCAUAACAAAGGAUUAGCAGGGACCUCCAGGGUAAUGGAGUCCAGUCCCCAUCUCUGCAGACAACCACAUAAUAUAAUCCCUUUAAUAAACAUAUCAAGCUCCAGUUUAGAACCAAUUAGGCUUCUUGCCCUCACUACUUCCUGGUGACUGGAGACAAGGUCUAGGAGUAGAAGCAGGUUAUCAGAUGGAGCUCCAGGGAGCUAAUAUAUGAAAGAGCGAGUGGUGAGGUGGGGAUCGCUAUCUCAAAGAGUUUGUCCCUCUCUAGAUAUCAUUAUACCCAAUCCUACCAGCAGUGACUUUUGCCUCGGCUUCGUCAAGGUAUUUCUUGAGGGAAAAAAGUAGUUUUUCUUUGGAAUUUAUCAAACAUCAGGCACAUCCAAAAAAAGUUAUUGGGGUAGAAUGCACACAUUCCCCCCCACAAAGGCUCCAAUCUGUUCUCCAUCAACCACUCCAUUCCAACACUGGCGACUGGGGUUGUUGUACUUAUGAAGUAUGCGGCAGCCCAAAGGCUGCUCCAGUUGAGCAUGGAAAUGACACGUGUGGGACUGUAUAAUGUGCCUGGCAGACCAGGAAUGCUCCUACUGCAUAUUUAAAAUAAAUAAUAGCAAUGUAUUGUACAAUGUAAAGUCAAGCCCUUAUGUAUAUGUAAUUAUAGAGAGAGUUAGUACAAUGGCCUCAUCUUAUUCUAGUGAGAUCAUGGUUUGACAGGUACCAUAUGCAGAGCCUACAUGCUAAUAAUACAACUACUGUUUAAUUCUAUUCUUCACAAAGGCCUGGAACAGACCCUUAAGGCACAUUAUGCUCAGUAACUGCAAAACCCCAGAUCUAUACGUAUAAUUCUCAUUUGUCAGCUAUAAAAUAAAUGUUCUUCAAAAAAACCCAAAAAACCUACCUAAGGGUUUGCAAAAACAGUACCAGGCUUCUAUGCUCUGCAAGCUGCUGAUUUAUCCAAGCUUCUGCAGUCUCAUGCAGUUUUGAAAGUUGGAUUUUCCCUUUCCCAUAGAGGCUGAAGUAUGCUUUAUAUAGGAACAGCUCAAUUCCGUGCUCUUGGAGGAAGGCCUGCAAACUGUGGGCCCUGCACAGUUGGAGUUAUUGUACCCUAAAUGGGACUUUCAUUCUUAGGGAAAAGCAGGCGCUAUCUGCAAAGAAGGGCAGCUUUAGCUUUCAGUCGGGACUUCCCUUUGGACAAAGUCCUAUAAAAUGUAACACAGAAUUCUGUCUUGCCUAUAGGUUCCUUUGUUUUGGUUUUUAACCAUCCUAUAAAGUUCCAUAGCAAGGAUACAAAUUCUCUACUAUGUUCUGACAAAGGUCUAAAACCCUAUGGCUAGGCUAGCUUGUUCUAUUAAACCCUGUAGGACUUCUGCAUAAGUGUUCCCAUCAGCCUUGCCUGCAGAGUAGCCCAAGGAAUGCGUUGAGUGAGCACAUCUCCUCCGAGUGUGCUGGCCACACUACCUGCUCCAUCCAGCACCUCCCACUUUUAAGCACAACCUCAGUCCCUCUGUAAUCCUCCCCGAAUUGACUUUCCACUGCACCUGGGUUGUAGUGGCAGCCAGUUAAAGCCAGAGCCAUAUUACUCUCCCUUUGCCUUCUCUCUCGGGUCAAUAGCUUUCAUUUUAUACACUUCAUUUAACAAAAAUGAAACACGGAAAUCAGAUACAAAACCUCUUGCACAAGGCAGAGACAUAACGGUAACAUGAUGGACAUUCAAAUGGAAACCAACUCCUCUACAUCUUGGUCCCGUUCUUGUGGGGCUAAUUUUAUUACUCAGUGGUGAGAAAGGAGAACUUUUGCCUUUACAGUCAACCUCCCUGACUUCUCCACCUCAUAUCACAACCUGAACAUUAUUUAAAAUGUCAGGGGGUGGGUUGGUGAUCGUGGUUUUUUUUUAAAGAAUUAAUAUAAAUACAUAGGAAUCUUUAGUGUAUCUAGUGUUUGAUUCUCCACUGGCACUAUAUUGCUUGCCUUAUAUUAUGGUUAGAGGGAAAGGACAUAUGCAAUACUUUGAUACAAUAGUAACCAAGCUCAGAUUUUAGAUAUCAGCCAGAGUCACUUGCGGCCUCCCUCCUAUCAGAUGAACCAAGGAGGGGCAGAGAGUUCAUUUUCAACAUAUGAAUGUGCUUUCCAGACGAUGUCAUAUACCGUACUCUCGAUUUUGCCUGCUAGUGCAUGCUGUCUGAGAUGAGUAGAAAUCGAUACCCUCAUGUCUGUAUCUGAAAUAGAAUUUAAACAGUAAUUGCAAAACAUUUCUUUUAAAAACCAAACAUGCUGUCAGUUAUACAUUGUAUAGGGUGUCAAAAGUUCAUUAACAACCCAAUGGGUUUUUUAGGUAACACUAAUAUACCAAGUGUCUUUGAUACCGUGAUCAAUGUAUUUAUGUCUGGUAUGACAUGCAUAAAUUCUGGUUCUACUACAUGUGACUCUGAGGGGUGCAUACAUGAGACAUGUGCAGCCACUGGUGAAGAGGUCUGUAGAAAUAUGCCUAUGGAAAAAAGAAUGGUGGCUGGCUGUGCAUGAAAUCUUGUGGAUUUCAUGCAGGCAGUGAUAACAGGAGCAUGCUAGAGAGGGAAUAGCCCAUCCGGAGGGCUGUGGAAAGCUUAGAGGAGGAGGGAUACUGGGGUACAUAUGUUAAAGAGCUGAGGCCUCCGCUUUAGUGGAUGCAACUUGAAACCACUGAACUGGCAGCUGCAUAUUUUUUGCCUGUCCAAUUCACUGGGGGAGGAGAUGAGAGCGCUCUAAUGUCACCACUAGCUCAUUGGGUAAUGGGGACCACAGGUAUUUAUACCCUUGUGCCUACAGUUCAAUUGUGGGUGCAAAAACGAGAGUACAAACUUUUUGAAUGAAAAUUGGGCCAAUGGGAAGAGAGGCCACCCUUGAAAAGUUGUUUCUACCAUGCAGUUGAUCCUUUUUCUACCUGGUCUUGCAAGGUGCUGAACGCCCUCAACGCCCACUAAAUGUCUGGAUGCUAUUUCCCGCAGAGCAUCACAGUACCCCUUCCAGAGAGUGUCCUUAACAUUUUACCAGGCUCCUUAAUUCUCAGUCCCUGCUGCAUUAUUUCUUUGCUAGUGUGAUUCUAGUCCCUGUUUGUCCCCACCGGGCCCCUUGCCGUCAGUGUUCCUAGUCCAGACCAUGUACAAAGGAAGCUACUGCCUUAGCAGGGCUGCAACCCUAUUCUUGAGAUUUAUCGCGUGACUACACCCCACAGUAACCCUUGCAAUCUCGUACAGAUCAGUUCGUGGAGCGGUGUUUGCUUUGCGUCAGCUGUUGCUUUUUCACCCCAUGGAGCCAUCUGGGGGUCCAAAAUGUCCCCCGUUUGUUUAGAUGGAGCCAUUUUGCCCAUCUCUUCAGCACCCAACAUGCUGCAGAUCAUGAUCAAACAAUGUGAGAACUGGUCUCCUGAGCUCAGAGAAAGAGCCUGUGGUCCCUAGCAGUGUGGCUGCUUCUGCUCCCCGAGUGCAAGUGGAGGCUUUUUAGUGCACCCAGUAUUGCUCAAUCUCCCAGAAGUUGCAUGUCCGUGGCCAUGCGCACCAGGAACCAGCUUGAUAGCCAGGCUGGGUGGAUAGCACAAGCUAUGCUAUUUUCAAAAGAGGCUAGCAAGCAUGCUCCAGCUGCACAGGGAAGCAUUUUGCCUGCUCCUAAGUCUCCAUAGUCAUAGCACCAGAUUCAUCCUUGCAGUCGCAACUUCUCCCCUCUUUCCCGGUGAAACCGGGGCUAGCCGCGACAUGAUUCAGUGCAAAGCUCAGGCAGAGUUUCGUUCCAAGCUGGGCCUGUUUUUCAGGUGCUGGGGCAGGGCUGAUGGUUUCGGGUAAGAACCAUGCUGAUCUCUACAGUCUGGAUGGUUCUGAUCUGAAACCAGGUGAAAACGUGGUGGCAGCGGUUGAGUUUCACUUGGAAAUUCAGGUACAUUUGAAAUUAAGUUGAAACUUGGGGAACAAUCUCCCCUUCUGUCCACUGAACAAGUCUGAACCCAGCCUGGCUAAUUUCUCAUUGCUCUAGCAUGCAGUGGACACUGUCUAUUACAGGAUAAGUAGUUUUUUUACUGUAGUGUUUUAAAACUGACAAAUACCCUGACUAACCCACCCUUUGGUGUGUGUAACGCAUCUCCGUCUGUGCCUGAUCCACACAGGGGACCAAUCUGCUAUAGCUGCCAGCUGGAAGGCUUUGUCCUUUAGUUCAAGCUGUAGCUCUGGAUGUUCCAGUUCAAUCCCUGGUGAUGACGGUCAUUACAACUCCUCCUGGUGUUUGGGCUCUUCUGAGCCAGCCAAUGAGCAAGCACCGUCCCUUUCACUGGCUUAGCAUCUGUUCUGGAGAUUGAGCUCCUCUGUUCUAGGACCAGAAUGUGGAAUAUUCCAUGAUGGUUACUCUAACAACUACCUUACCCUCUUCCCCAAGAUUUAAGCAGAACAUUCUCUGCUGGUUACACAGCUUCCAAAGUGAUGCACUGGGUGGAGAAUCUGAAGUUUUCAGAAAUAAAAAAUAUAACUGAUCAUUUACAGUGGGGGUUAUGAUGUCCCUUGUUUUGAUCUAACAGCAGGUUUUUAAAUAGUUGCCAUUACUGAGGUGUGUAUAAAAUUGUUUGGGAGAUUAAAUAAAUUAUUCUUAUAAAUGUUUCAUUCUUUUCCCAGUAAUUCAAAUAUGUGGACUUCACUAUACAGUACUUCAACAGUAAUGCCCCAUAUACUAAAACGAUACUCCUGUGUCAUCAGUAAAGGCAUUUUAUUUAUGAGAUUUCUGGUUAGUAUCACUUUGGCACAGUAGCUCUCUGAAGCACACAAGAACUGCACAUUACAUGCCAAUUGCUGAUAGAUAUUGUUAUAUGUAAUUAGCCUGUAUGUGUUCAAUAGACACCAAAUAUAAAGUGUUACCUGCCUAUUUUGUGAUGUUACUCAAAGUACCAGGAGGGAGGAAAAAUCCUCAUUUGUUAAGAGAUACACUGCAUUUGAAUGCUUCUAAACAUAUUUUACCAGAAAGCAAAAAUAAGUGAAACUGUUUCUGGAGUGUUAAUUUUUUUGAAAUACCUAAAAUACUGUAUUUCUAUAUAUUCUUCAUUGUUAUUCAUCUGAGCUGUAAAUACUGUACAGAUCAAAUGAUGUAUUAAGUAUCUCGGUCAUGAACUGCAAGAUGAAAGGACAACAUAGCUUUGGCUGCAAAAGGUAGGGUGUGUGUGCUUGUACACACAUGUAGAUACAUACAUGUAUCGAUAUUUAUGUGUGUAUAUACAUAUACACUGCAUGUUUUGAAGCAGAAAAAUGCAUAUAAGAUGAAAAGAAAGCAUGUUAUUUUCUCAUCUGAGGAUGGAGCGUAACUAUGUCAAACCAAAAGGAAACACUAUUUUGAUAAAAUUUAUAUCAAAAUGGAAAACUACUCUGAUUUGUAACAGAACUGACACAGAUUCACAUCCCAACUAGGAAGUCUAAUUUGAAAGGAAUCACAUCCCAUUUAGAAAUUAAAAACCCACCAUAAUAUAUUUGAUUUGGUUUUUUUUUUAAAGCAAAUCUAUUAGAUCGACCUGUGCCAAUUCUGCAUCCAAAACUUGCCACAACCAAGGUCAAUAGCCAACCUCCCAUUGACGCCAAUGGGAAUAGAAGAUCCCUUAGAGAGGGCCAGUUUCAGACAUAGCUGUCUACAUGGGCAAAACUUCUUGAUAUGGGCUCAAUCUUUACUAAAACAAAGUGUCAAUUUCCGAGAUUCAUGAGAAAAAAUGUCUCAUGUCCCCAUGGAUCUCAGCAGUUGACUCCCAUUGACUUCAAUCGGUCGUGAAUCUUGCCCUUAACUUUGGUUUCUACAUAUGAACUUCAGUGAUUAAAUUUAAGCACCCAUUUUUUAAAACUUUGGUCUAGUAACUGCACAAACACCAAUCUCUGAAGGCUGAGAUGAAUAGAGCAAUGAAUUUUGAGCAGUUAAGGACCUAAUUUUCCAGGUUGCUCAGUACCCUGGCCUCCAGUCUGAAUCCAUUGAAGCCAUCAUGUAUCAGUACAUAGGAUAAUCAGCCCCUGUGGUUUUAUUAAUCUUUUAAAGUGUUGCCAACACUCUUGGCCCUUGUAGUAUUUAUCUUUCUUCGAAAGACUUAAAGUAAAAAUAAAAUACCUGAAGAAGAAGAAUUAAGAUUUCCAACCUAAGACGUAUCUGAAUGAAUUGUAAUUGCAUUUCUUCUUUGGCAGGAAAUCUGUCUCUCAGCAGAUGGUUUGCAGCAGACUUAGGUACUACUGAAGUCCCACAUAGGUCCUCAACGUAGGGGCAGAUGACUUUGCUCAUGUAGAUUGCCAUAGUUCCAUUGUAAAGCUCUGACAGUUUGCACCUGCAGAGGGUCUGUCCGAAUAGGGUUUAACUGGAUGAUCGAUAGCACAUAGACUUUGUGCUGGUUCUCUGCAAAGAGAUGAAUUUCUCCUUGCCCCAGGGUUUUGACUGGGUGAUAGUCAGUGUAUUCCCUCUCAAGCAUGGUUAUAAAAUUUCACAGACACUCAACUAAGCAUUAAAGUUUGGUUGUCCUUUAGAAAGCAAAGACAGCUGCUCUGCUUCCUUUCAUUUGCUCUGUUGCCUUGGCUUUUUUGCACUUUUGUUCCAGCUCCAAAGACUAUUUCAUAAUGCCUUUCGUACGUAUGUACAAUUUUAAACAUUUUGUAUGUAUUGAACGGUAAACACUUCUCUUGUAAUAUAGCAAAUUGACUUUUUUUGUGAAUGUGUAAUUUCCUCUGUACAUUUCGAUCAUGGAUUUUGUGCACGGUACAUUUUAUAGGGAUAGAUUCCAAGGGAAUGACCUAUAGUUUUCUAUUAGAAUAGCUAUGAUAUAAAAUUACACAAUCACUGAUCAUUUUACACUAUUACCACUGAAGAGCGAUGUAGCACAGACUUUUACAUGGAAACACUGAGCAUGAAACAAUGUGUACCUUCAUGUGGACGAGAGACAGCUAAGAAGAUGUAUACGUGUGAAAUUAAAAAAAGAGAAAUAGUUGUAAUCUUAAGGGAAACGGAGGAAAGUUUUUUUUUAAAAUUGUCUCAAAGCAUCAGAAUGGACAACUUGCAUCCAGUAAAUAUGCCAGAGACUUAAC